AUUUGAGAGGAUUCGUUCCCAAUUUUGUGUCCAAAAUUCUCGAGGGAGUCAGGGUCCUCAUUUCGGAGUUGAGUAGUUCACACACUUCCAAUUUCCACGGCCAUGUCUCUCACUCGCAACUCAGAUAAAGUCGACCUCCCCGUCGUCGAAGUCGCAAGCGACUACGAAGAUGCUGUGGCCUCGGCCGCACGCCCCCCAUUCGACCGCACAAGCCCAGCUUCAGCGGCAGAAAACUGGCGCGUCAAAUUCAGCGCUGUCAGCCUACGAAGGAGAAACCAUUCGUUUUCGAAGCUUCUGGAAGGCCGGGGACUACGUCGUUGGUCCCUCUUCGAAGCCAGCACCCUUUGAAGGUCACCUGGAGCAUGCUCGAGUUCAUCCCAAGUUUCUGCAUUCCAACGCAACUUCGCAUAAGUGGGCUUUUGGGGCAAUUGCUGAACUGGUGGAUAAUGCCGUUGAUGAGAUUCAAAAUGGUGCAACCUUUGUAAAGAUUGAUAAGAUUGAUAUCAUGAAGGAUAAUUCGCCAGCAUUAUCUUUUAUAGAUGAUGGUGGUGGAAUGGAUCCUGAAGCAAUACGGAAAUGCAUGAGCUUGGGAUAUUCCUCAAAGAAGUCAAAAACAACAAUAGGACAAUAUGGCAAUGGAUUCAAGACUAGUACUAUGAGACUGGGUGCCGAUGUUAUUGUUUUUAGUCGUGCAAAACAUUCAGGCCGGGCCACACAAAGUGUGGGUCUUCUAUCUUAUACCUUUUUGCGGAUAACUGGGCAAGAUGAUGUGAUUGUUCCAAUGAUAGAUUUUGAUAUAUCUGGCAACUGGGCUGAGCCAAUUAUUUAUAGCUCACAUGAUGAUUGGUCAGCUAACUUGCAAACAAUUCUUGAUUGGUCUCCCUUCACAUCAAAGGAGGAGCUCAUGCUUCAGUUUGAUGAUAUAGGAUCUCAUGGAACCAAAAUCAUAAUAUAUAAUUUGUGGUUGAAUGAUGAAGGGAUAUAUGAACUGAGUUUUGAUGACGAUGCUGAGGAUAUCAUGCUGAGAGAUGAGGCUAAUCAGGGUGGAACAGUGAAAAAAUUGAAGAAAAAAGUUGUUGAACUUCAGUCGCAUGUUUCUUACCGCCUCCGUUUUUCAUUAAGGGUGUAUGUUUCAAUGUUGUACCUGAGAAAAUUUUCCAACUUCAAAAUCAUAUUAAGGGGAAAACCUGUGAAUCAGUUUAACAUUGCAGAUGAGUUAAAGCAUUCUGAAAUUGUUAGGUACAAGCCCAAGCUAGCCGCAGCAGCAAAGGAGGUUACUGUGAAUACGACCAUUGGAUUUGUCAAGGAAGCUCCUAAUCUUAACGUGUCUGGAUUUAAUGUGUACCACAAAAAUCGCCUAAUUAAGCCCUUCUGGAAAGUAGUACCAGAUGGUUCAUCAAAGGGGAUGGGUGUUGUUGGGGUUCUUGAAGCCAAUUUUAUGGAACCAGCACACGACAAGCAGGAUUUUGAGAGAUCAUUGCUUUUCAUAAGGAUGGAGGCCAGGCUGAAACAAAUGACGAUGGAUUACUGGAAAGCUUGCUGUCACUUGGUCGGAUAUCAGCCACUAAAUUUCAAGUCACAAAGUGCGCAAAAGGAGCGCCAAAUUCAAAAGUCUGCUCGACGGUCAACUUAUCCUCAGAUUGAAUUGCUUGAUGAUGAAGAGGAAAUUAAUUUUGUAGCUGGCCAUGGAGAAAAUCCAAGUUCAGAUUACUCAAUUGUGAAUCUUCCAGAAAACGGCAUGCGGCCAUUGAAUCAGGGGCAACAUGGUACGUCGGAUAAGAUAUCAACGUCUGUCGUAACUGCGGGAUCCAUUUCUAUUGAUAAAAUCUGUGAAGAGAACAUAGAGCUUUUCAUGAGGUUUGAGGAGUACAAGAUGAAGGAGAUAGAGUUGAUCGAGACGGUAGAAGUCUUGGAGGCGGAGUUGAAAGAAAUCCAAAGCAAGUCCGCUGAACUUUCUUCACUCUUAGAGGCUAAGAGGAACCAUAGAGCGUGAUAGUUACAUGUUGACGCAUUAUGUUUGCGCCAAGAAAGGGGAACAUUUUGUGAACCACGCGCCAAUGUUACAAAGGCAAGGCUUCUUGUUACUAGUUUAGAGUAUACUAGAAUCUAAUUGGUCCAGGAUACAUGAUUUCUAGUUAUUGGGAAUCUUGUUAUCAAAACCGAAUCUUGGUGAUCAAUCAUUUUGCAGAACACACUUUUAAAUUUGAAGCACUGUUUUGUAUAUAAACAUUUGGUUAGAGUAAUAUUAAGUGUACAAAACUUUUAACUUACUAA